UCGAGAGGGCGCACUUGUCAAGCCGCCAUCAUCAGACCGGGCAAAACAAAACCAAACAAUACCUUGAUCAUCGAUCAUAUCGGAAGUCCACUCGUUCUUCUGCUCCGUGAUCCUACAGAGUAUUCUAAGGGAAAAUGCCCGAAAGUUGUACAGCUAGACUGUUGGCUGCACCAACCGGCGAGUGAAAGGAGAUUCCCUCUUGGAAAGCAGACUCUACUCAGCAAGUGGGUUGCAGCAAUCAGCAGACCUGACUUCUGUCCGUCAAAACACCAAGUGGUGUGUAGUGAACAUUUUCAGGAGAAUGACUACAUAAGAUGUGUGCAUCCCAGAGAUGACCAAGAAGUUGUUAAGCAUGAACUCAUGGGGUCUGCUGUACCCUCCAUCUUUCCAGCUUACCCGCCACAUAAACAAAAGAAGCAAGUGAGAGAGAAGCAAGCAAGUAAGAGGCCUCCACCUAAAAGACAAUUGAUGGCAGCCGAACCUGGCCCGCAACCUCUUAAAAAAGCUGUUAUUAAUGUUACAGAAGAAAAGCACAUGUAUGCGUUAUGGCUAAGUUCAGUCAGUGGAAAACUAAUAGAAACAACCAGCAAACUUCGAGAUGUUCGCAAGGAACUCAAAGUGGCAAAACAGAAAGUAAGUCUUCUGGAGGCAGUCAAAGAUAAAAACAUGAUAAACCAGGGACAGUGGGAGCUGUUGAAGCUUGACUUUGGACCGAAUACUUUCAAACUGAUUGAAAAUGAGCUGAAGUCAAUGGAGGUUCUCUGAGGAAAUCAAGCAGUUUGCACUCACAUUGCAUUUCUACAGUGCCCGGGCCUAUGAAUUUGUAAGACAGUAUCUACAUCUCCCACAUCCCAGCUCAAGUCUAUUCAAAAAUAAAGUACUUUUUUCUCUAAAAUAAAGAUGUUUGGUGAUGUUUUUUUUGUUUUUUUUUUGUUUUUGUUUUUUUGGGGGG